AUGAGUUGCCAGAAUGCUACCCUUGAGUUGAACAAAGGAUCCCAGCCCGGGCCAGAGAACCCAGAGGGAAUUUCACAAGGUGCAACUGCAGAGGAAGAUGCCUGCAUAGCCCUGCUUGAAAACCAACUCAGCCUGGGCGACUUUGUCCAAAUACAAAGAGUCUUUGAGAACCCCAAACCAAGUCAAACCAUUUGUAUGUCCAGAGAAGAGUUUGUGCAGAGGAUGACAGAGAUUGUUGGUUGGGGCACAAAGGAAGAAUAUGGAGAGCUCUUUGAUAAAGUGGAUGUGGCCCAAGAUGGCUGUAUUAAUUGGGACAACACUUCAUUUAUGCUGUUAACACUUUAUGAGAAAGAUGAACAAGCAAAGGCAAUGGUGGUUCCCCAGUGGAAAGACCUUGAAUUCCUCCCAGUGAAACACAAGGACAUCAUUCAAAAAGUAAUUUUCUUAAGAAGUUCAAUUCGUUAUCUGAUCAUCAGGAAGGAAGGUUUAGUAGGAAUCUGGGGAGAGAAUUUAAAGCUGCAAGAAAUGCUUCCCAUCACUUCAGAUGCCAACAAUCUUAAACACCUGUGGCUGACAAGUAUGGCUUCUCUGAAAAUGUAAACAAGGUACAGAGUCUUUAUUAAUAAAAUAGCGGUGGCUUUUACAAGAAAAGAGAUUUGUUUCUAUGAUCUGCUGUCCAAAGAAGAAUUUCCUUGUCAAUGUAAACUCCAAGGCCUGAAAGGAACACCAAUUUUCAUGGAUUAUUGGUAUGACCCUUUUGAUGCCAAUGAGUCAAUUCUUUCUCUUGGGGACAUAACCGGAAAGAUAAUAAUUGCUUUGACAACAGCCUUGAUUUCCCUUUUUGAGCAUCCUGCUGGUGCAUGUGAAGAUGAAGAAGCAACCGUGACCAUUAACUGGGCAGAGCUGUGCUCUGGACAUCACAAAUGUUGCUAUAUGUUAGGGCACAAACUUCAUUGUGGAGACUGGGUCAGACAAGUUACUUACAAUGCAUCCUUAGAUGCUAUUAUUUCCAGUACAACCAGCAAUACAAACACUAUGGUGCUGGCAUGCAGAGAGAAAUCAAAAAAGCAUCUUAAAAUGACAUCCUUCAACAUUGCCCAGGGCAUUCAUGCUUUUGAUUACCACUCUCGUCUCAAUUUAAUUGGAACUGCUGGCUUUAACAAUAAAGUUUGCCUUUGGAACCCCUAUGUUGUCUCUAAGCCGGUUGGUGUCCUUUGGGGUCACUCAGCCAGCGUAAUAGCUGUCCAAUUCUUUGCUGCAAGAAAACAACUCUUCAUCUUCUCCAAAGAUAAAGUUUUGAGACUCUGGGAUAUUCAGCACCAGGUAUCCCUCCAGAGGAUAGCUUGUUCUUUCUCUAAAAGUCAGGACUUCAGAUGUCUCUUCCACUUUGAUGAAGCCCACGGACGACUUUUCAUCUCAUUUAAUAACCAGCUAGCAUUGCUGGCAAUGAAAAGUGAUUCCAGCAAGAGGGUGAAAAGCCACAAGAAAGCAGUCACUUGUGUGCUUUACAAUUCAGUCUUGAAGCAGGUAAUGAGUUCUGAUGCGGGGUCGACUGUUUCCUUCUGGAUGAUAGACACGCAGAAAAUCAAACAGUUUACUGCUUGCCAUGGCAACGCAGAAAUCAGCACAAUGGCCCUCGAUGCAAAUGAGACACGGCUUUUGACUGGCAGCACAGAUGGGACUGUAAAGGUCUGGGACCUCAAUGGCUAUUGUCACCACACACUAAAUGUUGGGCAAGAGGGAGCUGUGGAUAUUUCACACAUCCUGGUUCUUAAGAAGACAAUUCUGGUUACAGGCUGGGACAGUAAAAACUUCAAGCAGUUUUUCAUCCAGCCUGAAGAAUGGAAGGGAGGAGCACACCGUAAUGAUAUCUUACAUACUGCAUUUUUACCUCCACAAAUUCUUGUUACAGGGAGUUAUGAUGGAGAAACUGUUCUGUGGAACAAUAGCACAGAAAAUGCUCACUAUGUCCUUCACCCUGCUUAUCAGCGGCUGCUAAAAUCAAAAUCGGAUAUAGAGCCUCAAAAGCUUCCUGGUGCUGCGAAGAGCUGCCCCACCCACCCCACGGCUGACCAGGCUACUCUGGGAGCCUGUUCCUUUGAGACCGACACUGAGUGCAAUAAUGCUGUUAUGAGGCUUUGCUUCCUUGAAGCAAGAAAAAGCAUUGCAGCCACAGGGGGAGCCAACCUGGUGUCAUGUGGAGGAUCUGGGUAUGUCAGGUUCUGGGAUACAUUUAAGAAGCACCUUCUGGCUGAAUUUUUGGCUCAUAAUGUUGUUGGUUCCAUUAUUGUGUCUACUGAUAAGUCAAAUUGAUACCUCGCCGCAGGAGAUCUUGAGGGGUGUUUGAAAAUCUGGAAUACAGAGGAGUACUGUCUUAAUUCCAGUAAGAACAAACUCACAGAGGCCCCAACUCUGAUAAGAUCGUUCCGACCUCAUGAAGACUGGAUAAGUUCCUUAGAGAUGUGUGAGCCGGGCGGCCGCUAAUUGGUUCUCUCUGCCUCUGCAGACCGCAGCAUUUGUGUGACUGAUGUCUGUGGUGCUCCUGUCCAGACCUUUGGUCAGGCAAAGCAUUGGCAACUUGAGAACUGUUUUUCCCUUCCUAAAAGCAAUACUAAUUUAAUGGCAGAUAAGAUUCAAGAGAAAAGCAUAAAGGAAAUUCCUUUGCUUUAUAAGGAGGAAUCAUGGUUAGACCCAUCAAAGCAUUCGCUACUUGAUAAGAAAAACAAAGAGUCAACAUACAAUGUCAGACCAUCAGAAGUUAUAAAUUGGUAUGAAUAUAAGGAAAGAAAUGUUUAUAAGAAAAAAACACAUAACCUUUACAAUGGUGAAGUUAUAAAAAAAUCAUUCAGCGGUUUUAGGUCAUUAAGCAUUGGAAACUUGAAAGAACUACCUGAAGUGAAUAAACCAGCUUUUCUUCUAGACCCUGAGAAAUACUUUAGGGAAGAGCCAGAGGAGGAAUGUCCCCAAAUUCCAGAGCUUCCAUCACUUUCUGAAACAUUGAAAGCAGUAUUUGAUGAGAAAAGCCUAUUUCCCAAAGAAAUUCUGGAUCGUGAAUGAAGAACCAGGCAAUUAUGUCAAGACACAAGUAGUGAUCUGAAGAUAAAAAGGAAUAAGAAGCCAUUCUAA